UGCACUUCUAUCCACACACUGAGCACAAACCAAGCACACACCAAGCACAUCUGAGCACAAACCAAGCACAAACCAAACUCUAUAAGAAUCUUGCAGCUAGUGCGUACUCUGAGCACACACCAAGCACAAACCAAGAGGAAUAGAGAAAUCAAUGGAGGUGGUGAGUGCUUCACAGGGCGUGUUAGGUCCCCUGCUGGGGAAGCUCGCUGGUUUGCUUGAAGGUGAGUGUGCCCGCCUCAAAGGCGUCCGCCGCGAGAUCCGCUCGCUCAAAGCUGAGCUGACUGGCAUGCAUGGCGCCGUCCACAAGUACACUAUGCUGCAAGAUCCCGACAUCCAGGUGAAGGACUGGAUAUCACUCGUGAGGGAGCUGGCCUACGACAUCGAGGAUGUCAUCGACAAGUUCAUCCACCAGCUCGGUAAUGGCGGCCAACACCACGGUGGAUUCAAGGAGUUCUUCCACAAGACUGCUCGACGUCUCAAGACUCUCGGCUCUCGCCGUGGAAUCGCCAGCCAAAUCGAUGAUCUGAAAAUUCGUCUCAAGGAGGUAAAAGAGUUGAAGACUAGUUACAAGCUGGAUGGUAUUCCCUAUGAACAUUCAGCUGUGGAUCCCCGCUUGUCCGCUCUUUUUGUUGAGGAAGCACAUCUUGUGGGCAUUGAUGGUCCAAGAGAUGAUCUUGUUACCUGGAUGCUGGAAGAUGAAAAUAGCUCGACCAAGGAUCGCAAAGUGUUGUCCAUUGUUGGCUUUGGUGGAUUGGGAAAAACCACACUGGCAAGGGAGGUCUAUCGCAAGAUCCAAGGACAUUUUGAUUGUCAGGCUUUUGUCUCUGUCUCGCAAAAGCCUAAUGUAAAGAAAAUGAUGACGGAUUUGAUCUCCCAGAUGCCUUGCAAGGAAGAUUUUGUGAAAGGAAUCGACACCUGGGAUGAAACGAUAUGUAUUGCGAAGCUAAAAGAGCUCUUAAAAGAUAAGAGGUAUCUCGUCGUUAUUGAUGAUAUAUGGUCGAUAUCAGCAUGGGAUGCUAUUAAGUAUGCUUUCCCAGAGAAUGAUUUUUGUAGCAGAAUUAUUGCUACUACACGCGAUGUUGAUGUAGCAAGAUCAUGUUGUCAAGGUGGUAAUUGUCGCAUGUAUGAAAUGGAAGUCCUGAGUGAUCUCCACUCCAAAAGAUUGUUUUUCAAAAGAAUAUUUGGUUCCGAGGACUGUUGCCCUGAUGUGCUAAAACAAAUUUCAAAUAAAAUACUGAAGAAAUGUGGAGGCCUACCAUUGGCAAUUAUCAGCAUAUCAAGUUUACUGGCAAACAGACCGGUGGUCAAAGAUGAGUGGGAGAGAGUUGGAAGGUCCAUUAGUUCUGCAUUGGACAAAAACCGAAGCUUAGAAGGAAUGAAUAGUAUACUAUCCCUUAGCUACAAUGACCUUCCACCUAAUCUGAAGACCUGCUUGUUAUAUCUAUGUAUAUAUCCUGAGGAUUAUGUGAUUGAGAGAGAUACUUUAGUGAGGCGAUGGAUAGCAGAAGGCUUUAUCUCCGAAGAGCGUGGACAGAGCAAACAAGAGGUUGCCGAGAACCAUUUCUAUGAGCUAAUAAACAAAAGUAUGAUCCAACCGGUGGAAGUUGGCUAUGAUGGAAAGGCUCGUGCUUGUAAAGUCCAUGAUAUGAUGCUUGAGCUCCUUAUUUCAAAAUCUGUUGAAAAUAAUUUCAUCUCUUUGGCAGGCCACCGACAAACUGAUUUGGCAAAGUAUGAUGGUUUUAUUCGACGACUAUCAGUCCACCAUAUUGACCUAGAGCUUGCAUCUAUAUUGGCAAAUGAAGAACUAAGCCAUGUACGAUCUCUAACAGUGAUGGCUUCAACUUGCAUCAAACACUUGCCUGGGCUUGUUUGUUUUGAAGCUUUGCGUGUCCUGGAAUUUCAAGAUUGUCAGAACCUGCAUGAGUAUGAUAUGAAUGGCAUAGAUAAACUAUUUCAGUUGAAGUACCUGAGCUUCAGGGGCACUGACAUGUUGAAGCUACCAUCAGGAGUUGUGAGGCUUUAUGGUCUAGAGACAUUGGACCUUAGAAAUACACAUAUAGAAGAAUUGCCCACUGGAAUUAUUCAACUUGUUAAGCUACAAAAUCUACUCAUUGCAAGAUAUCCAUAUUCCCGUUUUGCUCACGGUGAAACAAAGAUACCAAAUGGGAUUGGAACUAUGAAGAAUUUACAGGUGAUCUCGGGCUUUAAUAUUAUCAAGAGUUCAUUAUGUGCAGUUGAGGAACUGGGGAAUCUGACCGGUUUGAAAGUCCUCCAUCUACAGUUGGACGGUGGAGGAUCUCAGGAAUACAGGAGACAUGAAGAGAUGUUACUCUCCUCGCUGUGCAAGCUUGGCACAUGCAAACUUCAGUCUAUAUGGAUACGCACUUCUGAUUCAACACCCCUCCAGUUCAUAGAUUCCUGGUCCCCUCUGCCAUAUAACCUCCAAAUGUUUCGGAUGACCACUAACUACUAUUUACCAAAGAUGCCAAAGUGGAUUGUACCAGCACUCACCAGUCUUGCAUACCUGAACAUUAAUCUGAUUGAAGCAACACAGGAGGAUCUGCGGAUACUCGGAGAGAUGCCUGCCUUACUUUGUCUGAAGUUAGCAGUCAAAACUAUCCAAAAAGAAAGGCUUACCGUACAAGGCGUUGCAUUCCCAUGUUUGAAGGAAUUCUGUUGUGAAGAUGCAAUGUACUUGACGUUUGAAGAAGGGGCACUGCCAAAGCUGGAGAAGCUUGAGCUGCCGUUGUUUGUUUCAGUGGCAAAAGCCAAUGGGUUCCUAUUGGGUCUUGGCCACCUCCCAUGUUUGAGAGAUGCCAAAUUUUACCUUUGCAAUGAUGUUGACACAUCUUAUGAAAGCUACUCUGUUGCAGUUGGUGCUAUAAGGAAGGAGGCAAAUAGCCAUCCCAAUCAUCCCAGGUUAUCUAUCUAGGGCGAAAUGGAAGAGAGAAGAGAGCUCCACCGACAAUGAAGAGAGGGGAUCUUCUGUUAAACGCAGGUGCAUGAUGGUGUGCUGUUGGCUUGAUUGGAACGUUAUGGUGAUGCCUGAACCCUGAAGACGUCACCGAAGAAGUGGUGUCAGUCGCUCUGCUACAUGACACCGUUUGGUUUUCAGGAAAUCUUGUAUCAGAAUUUGUUGCAUUGAUUAGUAUUGUUAAAAACUACUCCCUCCGUGAACCAAUAUAAGAGCGUUUAGAUCACCACUUUAGUUAACUAAACGCUCUUAUAUUAGUUGACAGAGGGAGUAUUAAGUUCACCUCUAGGAGAAGUUUCCCUACUGUGUGUGUAUUCAUUGUUCUGUCACUCCAAUACUCUGAACUCUUCUACUGUAGUUUGAAGUGCUGUA